CUCUCCACUCUGGACUUGUACCCAUGGCCACCUUCGAGGAGGUGAGCGUGUCCGGCUUCGAGGAGUUCGAUAAGGUUCUGAAGGACCACCAGGGCAAGACCAUUUUCGCCUACUUCAGCGGUUCUAAGGAUGCGGAAGGGAAGAGCUGGUGUCCAGACUGCGUGGAAGCUGAGCCAGUCGUUCGAGAGGGGCUGAAGCAUAUUACUGAAGACUGUGUAUUCAUCUACUGCCAAGUAGGAGACAGAGCUUACUGGAAAGACCCAAAUAAUGACUUCAGACAAAAACUGAAAUUAACUGCAGUGCCUACAUUACUUAAAUAUGGUACACCUCAAAAACUUGUGGAGUCUGAGUGCCUUCAGGCCAACCUCGUGGAGAUGAUCUUCUCUGAAGAUUAAGAUUUGAGGAUCUUCCCAGGCAGUGGUGGCGCACGCCUUUAAUCCCAGCACUUGGGAGCUAGAAGCAAGGAUCUUUGAGUUCCAGGCCAGCCUGGUCUGCAGAGCUAGUUCCAGGACAGCCAGGGCUACACAGAGAAACUCUGUCUGGAAAA